CGCAUUAACGUGCUGCUCAGCGAGACAAAACAAUCCUUGUCUGAUAAAGCACAUUAGUCGAUCACUAGUUAGUUUAGUUACACACCGGCGUAUUUGUCUCACUUUUAGAAUAGUUCUAUUGUCAGUGCGUCUCAUCCCUAAAUUUGUUGAAAAGGUAAAAAAAUAACAGGAUUUGUACUUCAAGCUACACGCUACAAAUUUCGCACACUUGAAUUAAACCUUAGAUUGGUGUGACAUUGGAUCAUGAGUUUGUGAACUUGAGAAGAAUCUGCAGGAAGGAAGAUGCAACAGUGGCAAAGGAACUGUAAUUGUACAGUCUUUUAGCAGUUUGGAUAUUUUUUAAGCACAUAAUCUGUGGAAAAAUGUGGAAUUGGAAAUCGUGGUCGUGCUAUUGUUUCCAUAUUUUGUUAUUGUCACAAUGACUAUUUUAAGUUCUUGACCGUGUUAUGUGUUUCAUAAAAAGUUGUAUUGCAUAUUAAAUUAAAUAUGAUGUGAGGGGUAUUCGUCAAUAGAAUGUGACGUUAUUGGUGAUCUUAUAGACCCAAAGCAUCAGUAACCUCACCCUACAAAAGGUGAUUGGUAUGUGCAAGUUGUGAAAGUGAAAUCUCUAUUUUUUUCCUUGUGUUGUGCUGCCUCAAUAUUAUUCGUGAGAUAUGUGAAACUUGGUGGAUUAGUUCGAUAAAAGGCUCUUACACAUACAUGUAGUAGUUUCAAUGAAAUAUUAGUGGCGUCUAGAUUUUUUUGUAUUUAACGUGCUCUGAUAGCGAAACUGUAUCUACAUUAAAUUACCUCAAAGCCAGGAUAAAUGCUAAAAACCACAUGUUGAUGAAUAAUUAAUUAACUCUCAAAGUGCAUAUGUCUUCAUGACAAAAAAUGGAAUACAUUUUAAUUCAUUUACAAAAGCGGAAUUAAGCCAAUGUCAACGCAAACUGUAUUACGUACGUAGGUAUAUUUUAUGUAAUCCGUAUGAAUUUGCUAAAAAUAAUAAUAUUGAGGAUACGUCAUUCCAACGGAUCACUUGGAUUCAACUUUUACGAUUAUCCAAAAAUAUCUAACCUGUUCAACUAAAAUUUCCUUAAGAAUACUACGAAAGAAUAAAUCUAGUCACACUCAAAUUGCGAAAGCUACGAGUUCUAGAGGAGUUUGGAAGCAAAUCUCAACUUUGUUUCUUUGAAUCAGAAUUCAAGAUCACAAACAAAGAAUGGAACAUUAAUGCAUAUUAAUGACUUGAUUUUUUUAAGAUACUUCUUACUCUACGGCAACUUUCUACGCGUAAUAAGUUGGAAUACAUACAUGUAUAAGUGAAAAGGAAGAUAACAACUUAUAAACAAAAUAAAGCUUUAAUUUACACGCAUUAUAUCAGACAAAUGGUCAGAGGUGACACAACAGGUCAAAUAAUAGCGAGUGAUAUCAAUUGUGCCAUUUAAAUUGAGUAAAGAUGCCCGUUGUUAACUUGUUGACUUCAGCAGCAUCAUUUUUGUAUGCAGUCUCAUCUAUGCUAAGCGGUGUUCCAAACAAUGCAGCCAUACAAACUUUGCCCAACUUCCAAAGUCCUUCCAACAAUAUCCUUCCAGUCGGGCAGUGGCGUAGUUCUAAAUCAAACAAUUAUGACCUCGGAAACAGCCAAUUUGGUGGUGGCAGCCCCUCCCACAACGCUACCCAAACCGAAAAGGGUCCUUAUAGUGUAAUUUCCUCCACAAUUUACUUUCCUGCAAAUGCGGGAGGUGGUUACGGACAAUCUCCACCGAGUGAGUUUGAUAAAGGCAACACGGUUCUGCCAGAUGACGACUUGAUUCAACCUCCGAUUGAAAUCAAUUAUCAUGACGGUGAAACGAUAGCCACGCUUUUCACCGACUUGUACGGCAAUGUAACACGUUGCGAGAUGCUGGAGGUCAACAAACCAUCAGAGCAGCAGGAGGCAUUGGAAAAAUUGGCCAAGCAAAAUAAAUUGAUUGAAAAAACCAACUUCAACCAAAUGUUAAACAUUAUUCGAUCCUGCCAAGCCCUUGAUGACAGAGAUGAUGGGCGAUCACAACCUCUUGAUCCAUUCGAAUCUAUUGUUCAAAGUAAAUCUAACAUGUGGAAUAUAGGAAUUCUGCCAGGAACAAAGUGGUGCGGCGUGAAAGAUGUUGCCGACGGAUGGAAUGACUUGGGCCCAGAAAAAGAUCUCGACAAGUGUUGCAGAUCUCAUGACCUGUGCCCAAGAAAGGUGUUAGCAUUUCGAGCUGCAUAUAACCUUGUUAACUGGAGCUUUUACACAAAGUCUCAUUGUGAAUGUGAUGCUGCAUUUUACGACUGUCUGAAGCAGGCUUCGUCCACUAAUCCGACGGCAGAGCUUAUGGGAAAUUUCUAUUUUAACGUAUUAAGGAUGCAAUGCAUCGAUGAAGAACACCCACCUCGAUGUGUGCUUCGAAAUAGUGAAGAUAGUCAGAGUUGCACCCGGUGGGAGAAUGACUACUCUAGAGCCACUCAACGCCUCACCUUUCGAGAAGUUCGCCAAAUGUUUAAAUGACUAAAUAGUUUGAUGUAAGACAGUGGACAUGGAUGUUUAUUUUGUUGUGAAUAUGUGUACAUUGAUCGAAUGGACAAAUAAAGUAUGAACAUUGCUACUGGGAUUAUCUA